AAAAAAAAAAAAAAGGGGGGGGGGGAGAAGCCACUGAGAAGGGUUAUAAAAAAAGCGAGUCCCUCAGAAGAGUGAAGCGCAAAGCGAGGAGGAGCCCCAACCUGGCAGCACGCGAGGACUUCCAAGGGAGCAGGGUGGGGGGGAAGCCUGGAAAUGCAGCGCCGGAGCGUCCUCCUGCCCCUUCUGCUGGUGUGCGCGGCCGCGGCGGCGGCAGCCCACGCCGGCGGCGCCGAGUGCGGGCUGGCCGAGCGCUCCGGCCGGGCUCGAAGGGACACCCGGCAGGCGGCGCAGCAGCAGCAGGCGGCGGCGGCGGCGCAGCAACACGCCGCUCUCCACUCGCCUUACCCCGCCCCGGGCACCUGCGCCACCAGGUUAGCCCGGGGUAGACGCUCCUCCGCGGGCGCAGGCGGGCCGGAGGCGCCGCGGGCUCCGCGCCGCAGGAGGCGAGCUCAGGAGGGCGGGGAGCAGCCGGCAGUCAGCCGAGCGCUCUAUUUUCGCGGCGAGGGCGACCAGCUGCGGCUGAAGGCGGAGGUGGAGUUACCCCGGGAUGCCUUCACGGUCCAAGCGUGGCUACGGCCCGAGGGCGGGCAGAAGACUCCGGCGGUCGUCGCAGGACUAUAUGACAAAUGUUCUUACACCACCCGUGACCGAGGAUGGGUCCUAGGGAUUAACACCAUCAGUGACCAGGGGAAUAGAGAACCCCGCUUUUUCUUUUCCUUGAAGACGGACCGUGCCCGGAAGGUUACCACCAUCACAGAUCAUCGUAACUACCUCGCAAACCAGUGGGUUCACCUAGCUGUCACUUACGAUGGACGCCUGAUGAAACUCUAUGUGAACGGUGCUCAAGUGGCCACCAGUGGGGAGCAGGUAGGGAACAUCUUUAGCCCUUUGACCUUGAAAUGCAAAGUUCUCAUGCUUGGUGGGAAUGCCCUGAAUCAGAAUUACCGAGGCUACGUAGAACAUUUCAGCCUUUGGAGAACAGCCCGGUGUCAGAAGGAGAUUCUGUCUGACAUGGCCAUGGUGUCUCAUGAAGCAGAUGCUCCUCUACCUCAGCUCGUUUUUCAGGAGACUUUACUGAAUGUGAAAAGCAUCUGGUCUCCGAUGAAAGACAGCCCUAGUCUUCCUCAGAUCGAAUUCACUUCCCACCCUGGCUACCUGCUGGAUACAAGCCUUGAUCCUCCUCUAUGUGGGCAAACUGUGUGCGACAACAAAGAGGUCAUUGCCAGCUACAACAAGCUCCCAAACUUCCGUCACAAAAAGGUAGUCCGCUACCGAGUGGUGAAUAUCUAUGAUGACCACCAUCGCAACCCAACUGUUAGCCGUGAACAGAUAGAAUUUCAACACCAGCAACUGAACGAUGCCUUCAGCCCUUACAACAUCACAUGGGAACUGGAGGUGCUGGAAGUAAAGAACUCUUCCCUCCGGCAUCGCCUGAUCCUGGCCAACUGUGAAAUUAGCAAGAUUGGAGAUGACAGUUGUGACCCUGAGUGCAACCAUACCUUAACCGGGUACGAUGGAGGGGACUGCCGGCACAUGCGACACUCGUCAUUCAACAAGAAGAAGCAGAAUGGUGUGUGCGACAUGGAUUGUAACUUUGAGAGGUACAGCUUUGAUGGUGGGGAUUGCUGUAACCCAGAGAUAACUGAUGUCACCAAGACAUGCUUUGAUCCAGACUCUCCUCACAGAGCUUAUUUAGACGUCAAAGAACUUAAGAACAGGCUCCAACUGGAUGGCUCAACACAUCUCAACAUCUUCUUUGCUAACAGCUCUGAAGAAGAGUUGGCAGGUGUAGCUACCUGGCCGUGGGACAAGGAAGCUUUGGUACACCUGGGCGGAAUUGUGCUGAAUCCGUCCUUCUAUGGCAUAGCGGGACACACCCAUACAAUGAUCCAUGAAAUAGGGCACAGUCUGGGGCUCUACCACGUCUUCCGAGGAAUCUCCGAGAUCCUCUCCUGCAAUGAUCCAUGCAUGGAAACAGAACCUUCCUUUGAGACCGGUGACCUCUGCCAUGACACAAAUCCAGCUCCAAAACACAAGACCUGUGGUGAUCCAGCCCCUGGGAAUGACAUGUGUGGUUUCCGUAGCUUCCAGGACACUCCAUUUAACAAUUUUAUGAGCUACACAGACGAUGACUGCACCAACUCCUUCACACCCAACCAGGUGGCAAGGAUGCACUGCUACCUGGACCUCGUGUAUCAGAGCUGGCAACCUGUCAAGAAGCCUGCCCCCAUCGCUAUCACACCACAGAUCGUGGACCGAAUGGGGACCUUCAUCACCCUGGAGUGGUUUCCACCCAUAGACAGGCACUUCUUUGAAAGAGAAGUGGGAUCAGCCUGUGAUCUCUGCGUGGAAGGCAGGACCCUUGUGCAGUAUGCAUUCAGAGCCUCAUCACCGAUGCCAUGUGACCCAUCUGGACACUGGAGUCCCCGUGAAGCAGAAGGUCCCCCUGAUGUGGAACAGCCGUGCAAGGCCAGUGUUAGAACUUGGAGCCCCAAUUCAGCAGUCAUCAAGCAAACCAUCCCUCCUGCCUGUCCUGAACCCCAGGGCUGCUACUUGGAGCUAGAGUUUCAGUACCCGGUAAUCCCAGAGUCUCUGACCAUAUGGGUGACCUAUGUCUCUGAUGACUGGCAUUUCAGCGAAGCGGUGAAUGACAUCAAACUCUUAAUGGUCAGUGGGCGGAACAUAUCCCUUGGCCCUCAGAACUUCUUCUGUGAUGUCCCCAUGACCAUCAGGCUGGACUCCAAGAAGGUGAAUGAAGAAGUUUGUGGCAUCCAAAUCUACACUUUGGAUGAACAGCUGGAGAUUGAUGCCGCCAUGAUAAGCUCGGUCCCACAGAGCAAGCAGUGUGCCAACUGCCGACCUAUCUGGUACAAAGUAGCCCGGGACCCUCCCUUUCAGAAGGGCUCUCCAUUCAUCAUCUCAGACCUCAGCCGGAAAUUCAUGGACACUGAAAUACAAGCAGGCAUCUUAUACACUUACUGGGUUUCAGUAAUUUCUGGGAUGGAAGAGAGCGAAACAUCUCCACCACUCACCUAUGUCCAUGGAAGUGGCUACUGUGGAGAUGGAAUUAUCCAGAAGGACCUCGGGGAAGAGUGUGAUGACAUGAACAAGGUCAAUGGAGAUGGAUGUUCCCUCUUUUGCCGUCAAGAGUUGUCCUUCAAUUGCAUCGAUGAACCGAGCAGGUGCUACUUCCAUGAUGGUGACGGAGUGUGCGAAGAGUUUGAGCAGAUGACCAGCAUCAUAGACUGUGGAGUCUAUACACCCAAAGGCUUUGUCGACCAGUGGGCGUCCAACGUGUCGGUCUCACAUCAUGAUGAGCGAUGCCCAGAAUUGGUUGUGAUAGGUCAGCCAGCAGCCAAUCAAGUGUGCCGAACCAAAGCGAAUGACUUCAGUGAUGGAAUAUCUCAGCAUGCUUGGUACCCAUGCACUGCCAACAACACCCAGACUGUUUUCUGGCUCAAGGCUUCCUUUUCACAACCAAUGGUUGCUGCCGCCGUUAUAAUCCACUUGGUUGCAGAUGGGACCGAAGAUCUCGAUCAGCAGGAGACCAUUUCUGUUCAACUGGUUGACACCAAAGACCAGAGCCAUGACCUUGGAAUCCAUGGCUUGAGCUGCAGGAAAAACCCUUUGAUUAUCCCUGUCAUUCAUGACCUUAGCCAACAUUUCUACCAUACCCAGGCCAUCCUGAUCACCUUCAGCUCUCCGUUCGUGGCCAUCUCUGGGGUGGCCUUGCGCUCCUUCCAAAACUUUGACCCCAUCACCGUCAGCAGUUGCCAAAGCGGACAGACCUAUAGCCCGGCUGAGCAGAGUUGUGUCCACUACUCCUGCAAAGCCACUGAUUGCCAAGAACUGGAGAUUGAGAACGCUGUGCUGACCUUCUCCAGUGCGGGGCGUUUUAAUGGUGCCCAGUGCAAUGUCACCUGCAAGACAGGCUACAUCCUUCAAAUACAGAGAGAUGACGAUCUUGCAAAGAAUCAGGUGGAGCCCAGUGUCACCAUGACCUGUGUGGAUGGGAAGUGGAGCAAGCAAGUAGCCUGUGAGCCUGUGGACUGUGGGAUCCCUGACCAGUAUCAUGUCUAUCCAGCCACCUUCAACUGCAGUGAGGGCACCACCUUUGGCAAGAGAUGUUCUUUCACUUGUAAGCCUCCUGCCCAGCUGAAGGGGAACAACAGCAACUUGACAUGCUUGGAAGAUGGGCUCUGGUCCUUUCCUGAGGCGCUCUGUGAACUGAUGUGCCCAGCUCCUCCUUUAGUCCCCAGUGCCGACCUCCAAACUGCUCGCUGUCGUGAAGAGAAACACAAAGUUGGUUCCUUUUGCAAGUAUAAAUGCAAGCCAGGUUACCAUGUCCCAGGAUCCUCUCGGAAGGCGAGGAAGAGGGCCUUUAAGAUCCAGUGUGGCCAAGAUGGAACUUGGCUAGAAGGAGCUUGUACACCUGUCACCUGCGAACCUCCACCCUCCAAGUUCUACGGGCUCUACCACUGCACCAAUGGCUUCCAGUUCAACAGCGAGUGCAGGAUCAAGUGUGAAGAGGAUGGCACCCAAGCUGGCCGUGGGAACAACGUGAUUCACUGCCGGAAAGACGGCACCUGGAGCGGCUCAUUUCACCUCUGCAGAGGGAUGCAAGGACACUGCUCCCUUCCCAGCCAGCUGAGCGGAGGCCUGAAACUGCAGUGUCCAGACGGAUACAGCAUAGGAGCUGAGUGUACCAUCUUGUGCCCAGACCAUCCUAGUGAGCCCAUCCUGUUGCGUGCCAAUGAGACAUUACAAGACAUCCAGCACUGGAUGAACCCUCCAAGAGUGAAGAACGUUGUCUGCACCGCUGAACUCAAGUGGUAUCCUCAUCCUGCACUGAUCCACUGCAUCAAGGGUUGUGAGCCUUUUAUGGGAGACAACUAUUGUGAUGGGAACAAUAACCGAGCCUUUUGCAACUAUGAUGGUGGGGACUGUUGUGCCUCAACAGUGAAGACUAAAAAGGUUAUCCCCUUCCCAAUGUCCUGCGACAUGCAGGGGGAUUGUGCUUGUCGGGACCCAAGCGCCCAAGAGCACAGCCGACGGGAGCUUCGCGCCUUCAGCUUUGGAUAAUACCAAGAUGACAGAAGAGAAACCACCUCCAAAGGCUAGGAGAGAGGCAUCGUCACUUACCCCAUUUUUGUUGGUAUUGUGUGUGUUUUUUCCUCAUUUGUUUAAAACAAAACAAUUUCAGCUGCUCAACUCAAUGGUGUUUCUGCACCAGGGACCUGUAGAACUCAACCAGUCUGCCUUUAAUUUCUUUGCCCAAGGAGAACUGAAAUUUGGGGUGGGGGUGGAGGGUGGAGGGAGAGGCAGGCUCUUGUAUUAACCAUAUCUUACCUAGCAAGAAGAAGCAAAACAGGAAAUGGCAAAUAGUUGAGUCAAAGAGGACUUUUUUAAAACAACAACAAAAAUGUGCCAGGAGACGAAGGAGGAGGCAUCAUGUCUGAUGCAAUUGUGCAUCCACCUCGUUUGAACAAUGCAUGGUUCGGUUUGUGGGUUUGUAUGUCUUUUGGCUUAAGUCCCUCCUCCUCUUUUGUAUGCAGAUUAAGGCAAAAAAAAAAUACCAAGCCAUAUAUAAAUAUGUACCUAAUAUUUAUAGAGAAGUUGGUGGGGGCGGGGUGGAGAGAGGGAGAGGAGCAUGCCAUGGCAACAGAAGAAGGAGUGAAAUGCCUUGGCUGCCUUCAGUGUUGUACGCUCAGACUCCCUUCAUGCUCAAUGAGGGUGUGAGAAAAAAGGAAGGAAGGAAGGAAGGAAGGAAGGAAGGAAGGAAGGAAGGAAGGAAAGCCAGUAAGCCAUUUGGUUUGUUGGGGUUGGGUUGGAAAGAAGAAGAAGAGGGGGGGGAGAGAAAAAGAAGAAUUGCUUGCCAGCUUUGCAGACAAGGAGAGGGGGCUUCCUGAGAUGCUUAAGCCAGUGCUUGAGGGAGAGGAUGCAUUUUUGUGGCAAAGAGCUGAAGGUCAAGGGGGGUGGUGGCUUCAGCUGCUAAACUGGGGGUGAAGGAUGGAAGUCCCACUGCACCACCAAUGGGGAACAGAGAAGAAAAGGAAGCAGAAGAAGGUCAACCAAACCUCCAUCCUGCUGCUGCUGUUACUCUUGCUGCUGCUAUAUCCCGUAAAACUGAUUCCCUUACUGUGUCAGGAACAGGGUGCUGUUUAACCUCCAAGCAACCAAACAGUCUGCCUUAAACCGCUUUACCGGUUGCCUGCCUUCCAAACCACCUCGGGGUUCCUCCCCACCUUCCUUUCCUCAAGCAUGACAAAGAAAAACAAGACACCAAUCAGCCCCCCAAACAUAUCCAACCAAGUUCUCUUCAGAGUAGACCCCCUUGAAUUUGAUGGCCCUAGCCCACUUAGGUCUGCUCAUUUCAGUGGGUUGGAUGCGUCCAAUAACCCUCAAGGCCCAAAAUGAAAUUUCAGCAGCAAACAAAGCCUCGUGAGGGCAUGUGGCUUUUCCAUCACCUGAUCAGCCUUUCUCCUCCAAAUAUAAAAUCCCUGAGACAAUGACCCAAAAUGUGACUGAGGAGAGGGGGGGGGGCUUUCCCAAAGUGAUAGAAGCUACCUGGUGCAAGACCCUUGAGCUGUGUGGAACAACCCUUAUCAGUAUUAACCUCUCGGGCAGGACCCCACAAUGCUCCUGCCAUUGCCUGUCUAACCUCUUCCACACCAUCAUAUCUGGAGUCAGCUCUUGGUAGCUACCAGCUUUCCCCCAUCCUCUCUCUCUGUCUCUCAAUCAUUGGACUCCAUGUGCAAUUUUGCUGCUAGAACUCUAAAUUCUGCACACAGGGGCCUGGGCUUGUACAACUUCAGGGUCUCCUAUCCCUGCAGGGAAUCUGAAGAACUGACUACAAUUCCCUCUGGUGUCUGCCAAAAGAAGAAGAAGCCAAGUCUUAGAUGGUCCGGUGAUGGAACAGGCACACAAUUUGACUUGUUGCCAGGAUUGUUUGCUUGCCAUUUUGAAAAAGCAGUAGCCCCUUCUUGACAUAACUGGAUGCCAUUAUGGGGAAGAGAAACCACAGCACUGGCCACUCAUGUGAUUCGGCAAACUAGGUUCCCCACAUCUAUCCUUUGUAUUUCAAUUCUAGCAAAUUGGGGGGGUGGGCUAUUCGCAGCCAAUGGAAAUAUUUCAAGUUUAAAAGAACCCUGGUCUUUGCAAACGUUAACUGUUGCUAACUGAUUCUCAAAUUGGACAUGCCUGUGCAUCAGACAUAAACAUAAACUGGUUUAAUAGUCCUUCUCUCACUCCUAGGAAUUCUGGGAACCUUUAACAAAGAGUUCUCAAAAACACCCAGAACCCAACUGACUUUCCCAGUAUUCUUCAGGGAAAGGCAUGACAAGGCCAAAUUAAAUGGCAUGUGGAAGGAAUGUAUGUGCAGGUCUGCAGCUCUACCUCUUUCUAAGCAGCUGUGGGGGGCCUCUGAAUUGAAUCCUGCUGGUGGCACUUGGGAAAGAAAGGGUUAACCUUUUCCUGCUGCCAUGCCAUUUACUCAAAACAAAUCACCCCCAACACACACACACACACACACACACUUCUCAAACUAUGGUUUGGAGACAUUAUUCUCCUCCACCACCAUGCAAAAUAUCGUUCUAUAGUCCCAAAUCCAUCCAGAUAUAAGUGAAUUUAAGAUGGGAAUCUUUUCCCAUCUGAGAACAUCUUUUUAAAAACAAAUUCCAGCUGAAAUACACAGGCGAGUAUGCUUGGGGAUGGGCGUGGGGUGUGACUUUAAAAAGGCAAGUGAAUUUGAUUUGUCAGAAACAUUCUUACCCAAUAAUUUCCUACAGAACUUCCUUGUGGCUGUCUCGGCCCCAGUUGCUUUAAAAAGCACCAACUCUGUUCAUGAAUAAGAAUUGAGAGGGGAGGAUUCAGUUUGGUUUGUAUUUCAGUGGAAACCUAUGUAAUUCACACUUCCCCAAAACAAUCCACAGGCUAAAAUGCUGCUGUUCUUCGGAUUUCACACUCCUUUAGAAUUUGCAAUGCCAAAUAAUACAUGAACAAAAUGCAAAUAUUCAGAAAAAGUGUGCAGUAAAAACACCACAUUGGUAAAAGCAACAUAGAAAAAAGCAUUAUACUUUUGUGAGCUGCUUAAAUGCUGUCCUGGUAUUAAGCAGGAUAUAAAUGUACAAAAUAAUAAUAACAUGAAUGAUAAAUUAUUAUGACUAUGGAAAAUGGCUCGCAAGAAUAUGCAUAUUAGAUAAAAUUGCAUACAAAGUAGGUUUAUUAGGUUAAUUUCAUUCUAAAAUGCUGCCAAAUUUUCAUAAGGACAUAAAAAAUUGCACACGGAUGCAGAAAUGAACUUAAGUUCAGAAACUGAAAUUAAGAUUGGGGAAAAAAUGAGAAAAUGAAAUUGGACAGAAUUGUCUAUCCCUGUUAGUUUGCAUCCUAUUCCAUGUUAACCAGCUCCUGAAAUAAUUGGGAAACUGCUUUUAUUCUCCUAACUCCACCCAUUCCAUACUGUUGCUGUGUUCAGGUGGGAGUCAUUCACAUGUCCACGAAUUAGGGGUUGCAUCAGUUAAAAUGGAUGUGGUGCUCUUGUGCUACAAGCCUGCCUCCUCUUCACAGCACUCCACUCAGCCAAAAGAAAGAAAAAGAGCUAGCCUUUUUGCAAUGAGGAAAGUGAUGGGGAAAUGCACUGGAAACUGUGGAGUAACAUUCAUUCGACACAAGGUUGCAGGGGCAAAACUAGACUUUAUUUCAUCUGGGUCGAAGACCCAGCUUGGCACACACAUCCCAUGUGCAUUUGCAUAUAUAUACACACACACACAGCCUGGGAGCCUCAUUGACGCUCCAGGGCAAAAAGGCUCUGCAAGGUUGUAUAACCUCCCUGCAAACAAAUAAGAAUAAACAAUAAAUAGCCAGCAUUGCCCAGUUUGCAACCUUUGUGCACGCAAAUCAGUUCAAAUGUGCAAGGGACAGGUGAUUUGAAAGCAAUCAAAAGAGAACAUCGUGCAUAUUAAACCACUUUGAGUUGUUUUUUAACCAUCAAGUGGUGUAUAAAUUUUCUGAAACAAAUAUACAAAUGCUAAGGGCAAAUGACUCCUCCUAGAAGUUUCACCACCCUCCACCCUGUCAAACAUAUUGGGCUGGGUUGGUGGCCUGGAUUUUCUUGUCCAUCAAGAUGAUGAGGAGGGUUUUAGCCGCUGGAAGGUGCUUUGGAAGCAGGACUCAGCUAACUCCAUUCUGGUGUCACUUGGUUGUAACUGUCGGUUUGUUCUAGGUUUUACCUGUGUUUUGUUUCUGUCUUUAAAAAGAGAGAGAGAGAGAGAGAGAGAGAGAGAGGGAGGGAGGUUUGUUUGUUCGUUUGCUUGCCUGCUUUUUAAACCUGAAAGAUUCUCAACCAACAUUUCCUGCUGCAACUGAUUUGAGUGGCUACUGAAGAGAAGAAAGGAAAAGACAAAAGAGGGUGGUGCAAAGAAAGGGGAGAGGAGAGGCAACGUUAUUGCUGGGACUGCACAUGUUUUCAAGGAAAUGUCCAUUUCUAACAACUAAGGACAGUCAGACAGAGAGACUCAAAUAACUUUAUAAUAUGUUGGGCACAAAUCUCAUGAAACAUUAUCUUGUGCAAGUCUUCCGGAGAUAGCUCAGAGGGGAGUCAGAGAAUUGGGUUCAUUGUCUAAUCCAGGGUUGGCCAACAUGCUGCCCUCCAUCCCUGGCUGUUUGCUAUGCUGACUAGAGCUGGUGGGAGUUGGAGUCCAAUAACGUUUGCCAAUUUCGGUUUGCCCUGAUUCCUUUUUCCCUUAUGCUUUGUAGUACUUCAUAGGCAUCUGCCUUUCCCCUUGGUAUGUCUGUCAUUUGUGUGUGUGUGUGGGGGGUUACUUUAAUUUCUCCCAAGAUGUUUUUGAGAGCAAAGAAAUUGCAUCUCUCCCCCUAACCCAGUCCACACUGAUCAGACUGUAUUUGAUACAACUUCCAGUGUUUCACAGCUCUCCUAACCGCACGGACUAAAUUCAAAAGAACAACAGCACACACACAAAAAAAAGAAGAAUGCAAAAGAAGGCGGCUGCUAAAAUGAUUAGACAGAUGAUCCCAGUUCUUGGGGAAAACAUCAAUGUUUUCUCAUUAAGAAAAAAAAAAUCAUUUACUGGAUAGGUGGUGCAGGAUUAGCAGAACAGCUAGGUCAGCCACAGAUUGCAAAGUUUGUGGGGGAUGUGGGGGCACCAUCUCUGUCUGCCUUUGGACUUUCUAUACAGGACUGGGCUGCCAUGAAAUGUGCUGCAUGUAUAGCAUGAUUAAUACCUUAACAUUCUAAUAUAUGUGUGUGUGAUAUAUGCAGUAUACUAAUUCUAACAGUAUAAUAUGUGUUGUUUUACAGGAGGGAUGAGGAGACUCUGUCUUUCCUGAUGUUGCUGGACUCCAACUCCCUUCAUUCCUGAGCACUAGCCCUGCUGACUAUGGCUGCUGGGAGUUGGAGUCCAAUAAUACCUAUAGAGUCACCAGUUUCCCCAUCCCUGAUAUAGACAAUACUGAAUCAGAUGGACCUCAAAUCUUACCUCUGCUGUGAAUUCACUAGGUCUGAGGAGGAACUGAGGAGGUCUUCCAGAUUGCAUUGAACUGCACAUCCCAUUAUCCAUGACCAUUGACCAUGCUGGCUGGGGCAAAUGGGAGUUGAGAGUCCAGCAACAUCUGGAGGAGUUAUUGUUCCCCAUCCCUAUUUUACCACACACACUUUCACAGCUCCAUCCCUUGUCCACCCCAUAGUCCAAGGCCAUUUCUAGAAUCAGUGUUCCUCUUACUUCCUCAAGCAUGAUCUUGCUGAUCAUGGAAGUCAUGUUGAUCUGGACAGCAUUUACUACCAAUGCAUGAUGUUGGUUAGGUUAGGGGAGAGUAAUGCUCUUAACUGUGGGUGGUAUGUGUUGCAAAGGAUUGUGGGAGCAGCCACUAAGUGUUCCUGCUGAUGAGUUUAUACCCAGUAAUGGGAACUAGGAGACAAUUCUUCAAAAUGUUCACUGGUCCUCAACAUAUCCCAAACCAGCUCCUUCUUUAUUGCUCAGAUCACAAAACUGGAAAACAAUUACACUGCCCUACUUGACGCAUACGUGACCAACAUGUAUAAAGUACACCCAACAGUCACUGCUUGUACCACCCUAAGGAUUUAGGAGAAGACAGGGCCAACCCAAAGCUUCUUCUAGAAGCAAAGGACAAAAUGGUGCCCAGUCAGUACACAUACAGGUUCCAGCCAGUUGAUCUAAAUUUCUAUGUUCAUGUCUUCCACCAUAUCAGAGUGCUUAGGAGGUACAGAGCAGGCUAGCUUAUGGAGAAUUGUUGGAUGGGACUUGUACCACCACCACUGCAUCACCAGCAUACACUACCAGAGGCAGCUCCCCCAUUUCCUCAUGCUUACUGAGGCAGAUAGUAGCUAUAGUUCAGCAACAUCUGGAGGGCCAAAGGUUUCCCACCAUUGGUGUAAUGAUAAUGGCCCAGUAUAGGCAGAGCAGCCUAAUGUUUUUGUGGCACAAACAGAGAAGUGUCUCAAUUUUGCUGCACAACUGGACCAAGGCCAAUUUGCUCUCCCUGGCUCAUCCCUUCUCCAGCCUAGGAACAGGAGGUCCUGGUACAAUCAGGCAGACUCUUCCUUGGAAUUGGGGCCUCUUUGUUUCCCAAGUUCUGCAAAAGUGGAAAUUUUUGGCCUGUGUGUCAGGCAGGUAUGAAAGAAGCUGCACUAGCUGAUUUCAGACAGGGGACAUAGCCAAUCCUUUCUGGAGAGGCUGGGGGUUGAAACUGAGACUUGCAUUCAAAGCAGAUACUCUUCCAAUAAGAUAAGGCCCUUUCGCUAACAGCAUAACGAGGUAUAUUUUCAUUACCCAUUCCAUAGCACCUACUUUUGUCCCAAGUCAAAGCUUUUCCUAGAACCAGAGAUCACCUCUUUGUAUCAAGCUUCCAUGUGUGUUGGGGAAAAGGUGAAAAUCGCUAGCAGUGGCUGAAAUAUACCCUUACUGUUGCUGCUUCAAGAGAAAAACAGACUUGCAAAGUGUUAGCAGGUUUGAGUCAUGUGUUCCUGUGCUUCCAAACAGUUAAAAUGGCAGAUUUCUCCAUUCUGUAGAGCUUUGUGUACACUCACAUGGAAAGCCGCACACAUUUGCACAACCUGACAGUAGAAAUGGGUUGGCAAGACAAAUGAAUGGAUAACUAACACUGACCAGACUAGUCAUGCUGCUUUCACAUAGCUAGCCCCCGCCCUGAGUGUUAAGUGGUCGCGUGUUUGAGAAGAGGUAGAAUGUAGCUGACCUAGAAACCCACCUAGUGGCUGGAUCUUUUUGGCCCCCUAAAGCUGAGAAAAGGCCAAAAGGAAUGCUUGUGAAACACGUUUCCCACCCCACUCAUCUCAAAACACAUGUUAGAUCCCAAAGGCACAGAAGGGGCAAACAGAGCAUAUUUGCAGCCCACAGGAAUGCCUGACACAGAGAUAGUUCGGGAGCCCCAGUCCCAAAAAUCACAGAGGCCUGCAAGUUAUUUUGAAGAGAAGUGGGGAAAUAUAUGUCUCCUUCCCCCAACCCUCUAAUAUUGCUGGGACCAUCAGUCCCAGUCAAUGUGGCCAAUAGCCAGGGGUGAUAGAAGCUGGAAUGCCACAUGUUCCUCACACUGCCUUGGGGAAAAGUAGUGAGGCUUACAUUUCAGCCACUGGUUCAGGUUUCAAAAGUAGGUCUGAAGCCAUCUUUCCCGCUUUGUUCUCCAUCAUUUCUCAAUAAGGAGGUAAACAGGAAGUUAAGUGUAAUGUACCAAAGCCACACUCUGCUGAUUGUAGAACAAAAACACUUUGAUGCGCACCAUGAUCCUGUGCCCUAAGCAGGUAACUCAGUGUUUUCAGAGCUGACAGCAUACCUGUGGACUCAGAUUUAGCAAGGGCAACUGAAUGUACAGUCACGGGUGAUCACAGAGUAGGCCGUCCCAUACACACACACACCACACCACACCACACCACACCACACCACACUCUUAUUGGGCUAUCUGGAGGGCAACCAGCACUCUACCAUCAAUCCCUUUGCUGGAUCUGGCUGAUGGACUUAAGGGUUUAAUUUUCACCAGCAAGAGGAACAAGAGGGAUGGGAAAUAGAUUUGUGGGGUUUACAGCGCUUGAGCGCCUGGGACAUAAACUGCUCUAACUGAAGUUAUGGGUCUGUCUCUCUAUUCCUUUGAAACAAAACACAAGUGUAAGGGGGGAGUAGACCCCAUUUGCUGCUGCCUUCAAGAGAAGCAGAAUACGUAUUUUGAGCUAUAUCCGAAUAUAAUAUAGUAAUAUUUGCAAAUAAAACUGUGAUCUCUUCUAGUGCAACAUAUAUAGAUAUAAAUAUAUAUAUAUUGAUAGAUAAUAUAAUUAUUCCUAUUACCAACUGCUCCUCCAUAAUGAUAAACCAUAUUAUAUCAUUUUUUUAUUGUUACAGUUAUGAUGGUUACACUUAUUGGUGAUUUUAUUAUGGAAUUUGUACUUUAGGCAUCAGCUCCAAGUCAGUGUCAACCAAUACUUACCCCGCCCCCCCCCAAAAAAAGUUAAAUGGAACUAUUUACAUAAGAGUUCUACGGGUCUACUGUAUAAGCGAGAAAGAGAGAGAGAAGUAAGAAGGAAAUUGGAGGGACAAAACAAAAACACAGUUUAAACCUUAUUUUGGUACCUCAUGCCUGUACUUUUGCUGCUCCUGGUUAUUUUACUUGUUCCGUUGCUGCGUUCGUUUGUUUUUAACAAAUCUAAUUUAAAUCUCCAAGCAAUAUAUAAAGAUGUAAAUAGUAAAAAAAACCACCUUAUUUAUUAAGAUUGUCAUCUUUUUUAAGAAAAAUUAUAUUUACACAAUUGUUCAUCUAAUUUAUUACCUUUUUAGUAGUACAGUUAUUUUCUCUAUGAUUGUACUGGUGUUGUUGUUUUUUCCUGUUCAGGGUCUUUGUUUAAAUGUCAUUUUUUUUACAGGUCUGGUAUUUGUUCAUUUUCAAUUAUUCUCUUCCUCCCCAUACCCUCCCUCAGUUUUUCAGGUAACUGGUUAUAUUUCACAUAUUCAAAUAAUAAUAAUUUUUAACCCAUCAUGCAUCAGCACUAUUUUCCCAUUGUCUUAUUCCUGUAUGUUAAAGUUAUAUAUAUGUGGUCUUUACCUGAGAAAACAAAGACUCAAAAGCAGCAGUAUAAAAGCUUGUAUUAAAAGAGUUCUGAACUUGA